AUGAUGCGCAAAUCAGCGCUCUUCUGCCUGCCGCUCUGCGCACUGGUUGCGGACUCUGUGAAUUUGCGGCACUCUUCCAGAAUAGACACCCGCAGCAAACUCGUGUUAGAUUUUCCCUUCUACCACACCUCCGACCAGAUCCAAAAGGAAGCAAGGGAGCUCGUCGCGGGCUGUUCUGCCAAGGCAGCUGUCAAGACAGUGACGAGGGGGAAUGUGUCAAUAGAUUAUGUUCGCGUUUCGGGGCCCGGUCCGAGGUCAAGACCGAACCGGGUAGCCUUUCUCUUCGGGGAGCAUAGCCGUGAGCUCAUUGGCCCCGAAAGCGGCUUGAAGUUUCUGAAGAUGCUUUGCGGGCCCAGCUCCAAGUCAGAUCUGGUGAAAAAGGCCCUGGACACAAGCGACUUCCAGCUGAUUCUCAAUGCCAAUCCGAUCUCGCGGGCACGGGUCGAGCAGGGGGACUACUGUCUUCGGGACAACCCACGGGGUGUCGACCUGAAUCGAAACUGGGAUGAGAAGUGGGAGCUCGGGGACCAGGCCAUGGAAGGAGAUCAGUAUCAUGGAGAGAAGCCCUUCAGCGAAGUGGAGACCCAGAUGGUGAGAGAUCUCGUUACAGAGUUCAAGCCCACCACCUUCCUAUCUGUACACAGUGGCACGUUAGGUCUGUACAUGCCGUGGGCUUACGACAGCGUGCACAUGGCGCACCGCAACCGCGACUUGAUGCUGUCUGUGCUGAAGGAAGUGGACGAAGACUACUGCCAGUGCCCUUUCGGCGCAGCUGGCAAAGAAGUGGGAUACAACUGUCCGGGGACGAGCUUUGACUGGGUGUACGACAACUUGAAGGCACCCUUCUCCUUCGCCUGGGAGAUCUACGCUCGUCCUGCAGAGUAUCAGGCACUGAAAUCUCGGUGGCAGGAGAAGCUGAAAGAGUCGCCGUCCCUGCUACAAGGUGAGGCGGGCAUGUCACUGUUGGAGCUCUAUUCCGGCCACUUCUCAGACUUUGCUGGGCAGAGCCAGAGCCAGUUACUUGCUUCAUCCGAGUCCCAGGCGUGCUUCGACACGUUCAAUCCUGGCUCAGAGCAGGAGUACAACGAGUCAGUCACGAACUGGGCGACAUCCUACCUCAAGCUGGCCGUGCUGACAGCUCCACACGUGGCCUUGUUGUCCAAAUCCGUGGCUGAGUCCACCAUAGCACUGCAGUCCGUCAGAUGCUUCGGCACGGAGGGUAGGAAGUUGCCGGAGAUUCCUCCCUCCAGUGAGGUGUAUGACUUCAUCAUCUUUCGGGGUCAAGACAUCAAGGACUUGACAGUGCUUGAAUCCGGGAAGCAGCCGGGUGCUGCCACCGAUCCGGCGAUCGUGUCCAUUAACCAAAGACCAUCAGGGAAAGACGGCAAGGGCGGCAAGGGAGAGAUCCCGUUCGGAGGCCCUGCCAUGUCAGGAAAAGCCACGUAUGGGUGCGACGUCAAGGGUGUUUGUAUGCUUGACGGCACGGUUUGCUUCAGACCUGAAGGGUUUACUUGUGCGUUCGCUUGCUGGAGAGAGCAAAUCCUCAAGAUCGGGCUCAAUCUGUUCCAGCGCUUCGGGAAACAGAUGGACGUGGCCCAGGCGACCACAGAUGAUGCCGAAGGGGGUGGCGUGCUGGAUCCAUUUUCUGACGCGGAAAAUGCGGUAGAAGCCGUGUUGGAGCAGAUCUUGCAAGAAGGAGGGGUCCUGCUGUACCAAAGCUACAUUCAUCGGAAGUCCUUCGGGUUUGCCGCGGAUGCCUUGUGCGAGAUUCUCAAGGGUGAAAUGCAGCUGCGAUUCGUCCGACACGAUAUAGGCGAGUUGCAGUCAGCCGGGGCAGAUCCUUCCACACCGUCUGCAGCCCAAGAGAGCUUAAGACCGAAGAGCACAGAGGGCAUGUCCAGGUCGAGAGGCACUCUUGAGGUGGCUCCGAGACCCGGAUCUGCGUCGGCUUCAUGGACAAGUGGAUUAGAUGAUGCAGAUGCUCGCAGGGGAGACGGAUGGUCUUUGGAGACAGAGCCAGCCAGAUGUCGAAUUGACACCUGGGCGCGUGCUUGUGUGCCAAUUCGGAAAGUUGGCCGCAAAGCUGAGGAGUCAAGAAAAGGCCGGGGGUCCGUCUGGCGGAUGGGAUCGCGUGCGUCGAUUGGAUCUGUCUCUGGUCCUGGAAGCAGGCCUACAUCCAGAUUUGGCCCGCAGUCUCUUGCAGAGGAGGUAGAGACGCCAAAGACCCCGACAGUAAGAAGCCAGCUCAUCCCACUGGUGGACGAUCGCGAAGAAGACGAGGAGGAAGCCAUGCUCCGAGACAUGAAGGAGCGAGAAGCCAGGAAGCUGCGAGACGAGCAAGUUCGGACAGAGAGGAAGGCGGCAGAGAUAGAAGAAGCUAUCAAGCUCGCCCAGAUGAAGGAUGACAAGAAGCAGUUCACGCAUGAUUCUGAGGGCAAUGUGAUUUGGGUGCAGCCGCCACAAGUCCACAGAUUGCCCAACCCGAACCCGGCCCCCUCAUUCGUAUGCAAGCAGGAUGAAGUCUCUCAACAAGAUCAGAGAGCACAGCCAGAGAAGCGGGGCCGAGCACGGGACAAGAAUGCGAAAAGCAAACAGGACAACUCUGUCGAAUUCCAGGAUGGCUUCAGGAAGUUUCAGUCGCAGCAACCUCCCAUGAUGGAGGUGAUGGUGAUGUCUCCUGGUGUGGAGCUGGAAGAGAGACAUCGAACGAAGAAAGGGGAGAAGAUCAAAAGCAGUAAGCCGAAGACAAUGUCCCGGAAAGAGUACGAGGAAAUAUCUAAAGGAGGAGCAGCACCGCCGCGUCAAGAAGGCGCAGCCAAGGUUGCACCGAAACCUCAAGCUCUGAAGGGCAGCGCCGGGGGAGUAACUGCCCUUCCCACAGUCGACGAGGCACCGUCGCAGCCGGUAGAGCCGAGCAACAAGCGUGGAAGCCAAGCUGUGACUGGCGAGUCGAAAGUGGUGCGGUCGGAAGUGGGUUCCGAUUUGGUCAAAGGCCCAAGUUUGGAUGCCGCUCGGCCGCUGCAGCCGGCGCCACCAUCUACUCGGCGUGUGCAGACGAAGCGGGAUGCCUUGGGAUUUUCUCUGGGAACUCGGGAGCGUCUCCACAUCAAUGCCGGAUCCCGCUUUCCUGGCUGCGCUGCCCAGCCACCUUUGGGUGCCACCAUGGGCCAUGGACUGGCUCCAAGCAUGCAGAAGCAUCAGGAAUAUUUCUUUCCCGGUGCUUCGGGCUCAAUCGAUGUGGCAGGAGCAAUCAUCGAAGAGUCCGACCAGGCUCUUCCGGAGACGGCUGAUGGCCAAAUCGUCAGCAAGAAUCCUCAACUGAUUCAGGUCUUUCCGCUUCUACGGCCGUCUGCCUUGCCAGGGAGCAAAGGUGGCGGCGCCGCGAUAUCGGCAGCGCUUGGCAUGGGCACAGGAAGCGGUGGUAGUCGUGGCUGGGAGCAGCCCCGAAAGGGCGAGGCUUGGGACAAUGCAUGGAGCACGCAGGCUCCCGCUCCGCGCGAGUCUGCCUGGAGCACUGGCAAAGGUCAGGGCUUCGGCCACAGCCAACACGGUGGAAAGAGCGGAGGUUAUGGUCAUGGUGGCGGCGGCGGAUAUGGCGGUGGUGGUGGUGGCAGCUACAGCAGCUCCUACCAGGGCGGCGGCUAUGGCUAUGGCCAUCAGAGCAGCGGCUACGGCCAUAGCGGUGGUGGUGGCUAUGGCCACGGCGGAGGCUAUGGGGGUGGCUUUGGCGGCAACAACGGAGGCUAUCAGAAGGGCGAUGGCAAAGGUGGAAAGGCCAAAGGAAAGUUCGAGCGGGACAGAGGGCACGGCAAGGGUGGAAAGGGAAAGUUUGGAAAGGACAGCAAAGGAUACGGCGCCAAGGGCGGAAAGGGUGGCGGCACCCGACACGAUGGUACGCCCGUCGGCGAGCUUGUGCCCGAAGAGAAUGCGGCCACGAAGCGCGAGUGCGCCGGGGAUUUCGACCUCGAUGCUGCCAACAAGCGCUUCGAGAAGCUGGAAAUUGAAAAGGACGACACACCAGCAGGUGAGACGACAGCAGAUCUCCAUCCCCUCACAGGCUACGACAAAGCGAAGUCCUUCUUCGACCAAAUUAGCUGCGAGGCCACGGAGCGCGCAGGAACCUCGGAGAGACAGAAGAUCGACCGCGAGAAGGCCCGCGAGUUCGAUCGAGAGACUUUUGGCGACAC